AGGCUGUCUGAGUUGUGGCAGUCCCUGGACAAGGACGAGCGCGCUCGAGUGGUCCAGACUCACGAGGGCCCUCGGCUCACUAGGAGAUUCUCGGAGGAGCUGGAUGACCAGAUGAGGUUCGUGGAGUGCAACGCCAGUGAGGAGGCUAAGAAGAUUCUGAGCACAAUGAUAUGGUGCGAUCGAAGCGGCUUGUCUUUAUUUAAAGGAAUUUUCACCGUGGCUGUUGAGUUGAAUUAUCCCAUGGUGAUCGAUAUGGAUGUCAUCGCUGUCAUGGACACCGAGAUACAGGAUUUCUGCGCCUCGGUCUCGAAGGGGCGCAGAAUGGGCCGGAAGUUGCCCGGCUCGUUCCUCAGCAUGUUCAUGGGUUUCGCGAUGUUCGCCAGUGUGUUCGGCGGCAGUUGGCUGUGGUUCUUUGCAGCAUGGCGCUCCGUCGCGAGGCCGAGUGUAGGCUAUGGGUCGGACGUGGACAGGUCAUGUGUGGGCCGGGAACUGGCCGUGUAG